AUGGUUGAGACAGUCACCGGCGGCACUAAACUACCAUCUCGAUGGGCAGAUGCUGCGAAAAGCGAUGAUCCGAAACGAACACCAGUAGUCGAGCCAAAGACGCCCAGCAAAGCGAAUUCAGGACCUCGUCACAGCCCCAGACGCACGCCGGAUAAGGGCCCACAUAAUAACCGUCGCCAGAGUAACGACGGCCCCAGUCUCAAAGACAGGCUAACGCUGCCCACGGACAGACCCAAGCCCAGCGAGGCGCCCCACAAGAGCCCCAGAAAGCAUAACACGCCCCGCCAACGACGACAUGACCCCGCAUCUACCGCAUCUUCCAAGCCACCACCAUCGGACGCAGCAGCUGCGCCAACUACCGAAUGGAAUUUUGAUGAAAACGAGGACUUCGACUGGGCGGACGAGGCAUGA